UCUGACGCAGUGAUCUCCACUCCCUGCAGGAAGAGAAACCAGGCUGCGGAGCUCCAGGAAAACACGCAGAUUUUACCCGGGGAAGAGCUCCAGAGGACGGCUUGAGAAGAACCAUGAGGCCCGGGAGCAGCGAGGAGAGAGACCCGGGAUCUGGAGCUCAGAGAGCGGACUGAUCCCGGACCUGUACCCGGAGUCUGGAGCUCAGAGAGCGGACUGAUUCCGGACCUGUACCCGGAGUCUGGAGCUCAGAGAGCGGACUGAUCCUGGACCUGGUCCCGGAGUCUGGAGCUCAGAGAACGGACUGAUCCUGGACCUGUACCCGGAGUCUGGAGCUCAGAGAGUGGCCUGAUCCUGGAUCUGAUCCCGGAGUCUGGAGCUCAGAGAGCGGACUGAUCCCGGAUCUGAUCCCGGUUUGUGUUCAUUGCGUUCGGGCAGCAGGAGGGGAGGAUGCUGCACACGCUGCCGGAGAAAGGCUGCGUUUCACCGGGACUAUCUCUGAGAUUAACCCCCGCUCUGGAUCCUCCAUGCUGCCCCGUGAAACUCUCCAUGAUAACAACAAGGUGGAGGGGGGGACAUAAAGAGUUCAUCUCUAUGAAGCUGAAGUGAAGCCCAAACACAGGAGCGGGAGGACCCGGAUGUGGGCCCACAGAGCAUGCGCAGUGAAGGAAUGGAGCGCGUAAAUAACGCUGGAUUCAGAUUUGAGUGACUUUUUCACCCUGAGGAUUUAUAUAAGGGCUACACAGAGCUCGUGCUGGGGAGAUUAUUCAGAUAAACAAUGUAAGUCAAUGGUGAAAAAGUAUUUUUGGGGCAACAUGACGUCACGGGAGAUGUAGUCCCACCGUUUGGCCACUACGAAUAUUUGCUUCACUUCCUGGUGCUUUUGCUUUACUCCGAGAUACCCCCAAAACAUGCUGCCCCCCCUAUGAAAACCGUCCAUGACAACAAGGAGGAGGAGGAGGGCCCCCCAGUGCAGGAGGGCCCCCCCGUGGAGGAUGGCCCCCCCAUGCAGGAGGACCUGAAGGCGGCUCAGAUGUGGCGCGACGCAGCUCUGAGGUCCAGGAAGCUGCGCAGCGACCAGAGGAACCUGACCCUCAGCUCCAAAGAUAACCAGAUCAUCUUCCCAGAGGACGUUUCACAGGUGGAGGUCCUGAACCUGGGGAACAACUCCCUGAAAGACCUCCCUAACGUUCUGGGGUCCAGCCUGAGCAACCUGCGGGUCCUGGUUCUGCGCAGGAACCGGUUCUCCCUGGUUCCCCGGGUGGUUCUGGAGCUGGAGCGCCUGGUGGAUCUGGACCUGAGUCACAACCUCCUGCUGGGUCUGCCUGAAGACCUGGACCUGCUGAAGAACCUGAAGAAGCUCUGCGUGAGCCACAACCAGAUCCUGGUGCUGCCCAAUGAGAUCGGAGCGCUGCAGGUCCUGGAGGAGCUGGAUCUGAGCUUUAACUCCCUGCAGGUCCUCCCUCAGACCCUCAUCAGGCUCUCCAGGCUCAGGACUCUGGACGCGGACCACAACAAGCUGCCCCAGUUCCCCCCUCAGAUCCUGGCCCUGGGCGACCUGGAGGAGCUGGACCUCUCUGGGAACCGGUUCAAGACCCUGCCCUCGGACAUCCUGAAGCUGCGGAGCAUCAAGAUCCUGUGGCUCAGCAGCCUGAACCUGGUCCAGCUGCCGGACUCCUUCUGUCUCCUGGAGCAUCUGGAGAGCCUGAUGCUGGACGGGAACCAGAUCUCCGCCCUGCCGCAGGACUUCAGCAGGAUGCAAACACUCAGGAUGCUGAACCUGUCCUCCAAUCAGUUCCAGGACUUCCCCGAGGUGAUCCUGAGCCUCUCUGGGCUGGAGGAGGUCUACCUGAGCCGGAACAGACUGAUCCAGAUCCCAGAGGAGCUGGGGGGUCUGCGGAGGCUCAACAACCUGUGGCUGGACAACAACUGCAUCACCUUCCUGCCCGACUCCAUCGUGGACCUGGAGCGCCUCGAGGAACUGGUCAUCCAGGGGAACCAGAUCGCUAUCCUGCCGGAGAACUUCGGGAAGCUGUCCAGGGUCAACAUCUGGAAGGUGAAGGACAACCCUCUGAUCCAGCCCCCCUACGAGGUCUGCAUGAAGGGGAUCCCCUACAUCGCGGCCUACCAGAAGGAGCUGGCGGACUCUCAGCUGGCCGUGAAGCCGCGCCUGAAACUGGUCCUGAUGGGGACCAAGAACUCUGGGAAGAGCCGGCUCAGGAGGAGCGUGAUGGGCCCUCAGCAGGAGGUCCAGGACCUGCAGGGGGACGGGGGCAUCGAGGUGACGGACUGGGUGGCGGACCGUGGCCUCACCUUCCUGGUCUACGAUCUGUCGGGGGACCAGGACCUCAUCAAACCCUUCCUCCUGUCCCCGGGGGCCCUGUACCUCCUUGUGGUGAACCUCAGAACCUACACCCCGAGGACCUUUUACUCCCAGGUGGGGUACUUCCUGCACCUCCUCGGGGCCAAAGUCCCCCACGCGGUGGUCCUGGUGGUCGGGACCCACUCGGACCUGUGCACCGAGGAGGAUCUGGAGGAGAAGAGUCUGGACGUCCAUCUGCAGAUUGGCCUCCAGGAGCUCCAGGACCUGCAGGUGCUGAAGGCUGAAGUCCUGCAGGUGGACCGGGCCAUGCAGCAGGGCUUCAGUGUCCGGUCCUCCAGCCCUCACGUGGUCUUCUACGGGGUCUCGGACCAGAACUUGAGGCGCAGGAAGUCCCAUUUGCAGUACAUUCUGAACCACCGUCUGCAGGUCCUGUCACCCCUGCUGAGGACGGGGGUCCACAGGAACCAGAGGCUCAGAGAGAAGCUCCUGCAGGUUGCCGAGCAGCGCCAGAUCUUCCCCAACCUUCAUCAGGUUCUUCCUCGGUCCUGGCAGGUUCUGGAGGAUCUGCACCUGAAGGCCCCCCAGCUGUGGCUGUCCUGGUGGGACUCUGCCCGGCUGGGUCUGCAGGCGGGCCUGACGGAGGACCGGCUGCAGAGCGCCCUCUCUUACCUGCACGAAUCAGGGAAGCUGCUCCACUUCGAUGACUGCCCCCCCCUGAAGGACUACGUCUUCCACAACCUGCCGCGGUUCUUCCAGAUCCUGAACCGGUUCUUCAUGGUCCUGGAACCGAAGACGCCCAGAAACCUGCAGAGGGAGGAGCUUCUGCAGCGCCUGCUGUCUGAGGGUGGAGGAGGUCAGGUGAUGGAGGAGAGGGGGGGGGAGAUCCUGAUGAAGGAACAGCAGCUGGAGGUGUUCCUGCAGGACGGCCUGCUCUCCUCCCCCCUCAUCCAGACCCUCCUGGGGCCCCUGAUCCAGACCCAGCAGGACCUGGUGCUGGUGAUGGAGCUGCUGCAGAAGAUGGGGGUCUGUUUCUGCCUCAACAGGACCCAGAACAGGACUCUAAACGGGACCCAGACUCAGACCCAGACUCAGACCCAGACUCAGACCCAGACCCAGACCCAGACCCAGACCCAGACUCUGAAUGGGGGCCCGGUCUGGUACCAGUUCCCCAGCUAUGUGAGAGUUGAUGCUCCACAGGGGGGCCCCUCGCUGCCCCCCCUCUCUGUAGAACAGCUCCACAUCCAGUACCGUUUCCACUUCCUGUUCCCCCCCGGUCUGUUUGAGCGUUUCUCCGUUCAGAUUAACGGCCACGUGGUGCAGCGCUCUGACGGGAGGGACCGGGUGGAGGCGUACCGAGGGAAGGUCCCAGUGCUGGUGACCCGGCAGCGGGGGGGGGGGGGGCGGAUCUGAGGGGGGGGCGCUCUGGUCUGAGGGCGGGGUCCCCUGAUCAGAGGGGGGGGUCUCUGAGCCUCGCCUCCCACGCCUCGCUGCCCAACAUCUGGACGGCCUGGCAGGCGCUGAGCCCCCUGAUGGAGGAUCUGAACGCGCUGCUGAGGGAGUGGCCCGGACUGCUGACCUCUGUCCACAUCCUGUGCUCCAAGUGCCUGAAGAGAGGGGCCCCGACCCCCCACGCCUUCCCAG